AUGAGUGCCGCAGCAACCUUGCCGCAGAAGCGUGUCUUCGGCGGCGCCAGGACCCCAAACUCCAAGAAGAGACGUCUCGAGCCGCUCUCGUCCUCCCCAGCGUCGCGCCUCAACAGUUCCCAGCCGGGCCCUCCCUCCAAGCUCGGCUCCACGCAGCAGAAGAGUGUUUUCGAGUCCGAAGUUCUCGAGAAGCUCAGCCAGGACAUCUCGGACCUCAAGCAGAGCAACGCCGAGAAGGACCAGUCAUGGGAGCGCCCGCCCGUCGUCGACUUCGACCCCAAGCGGGACAGCCUCACCUUCCAGCAGAUCGAGGCCGAGGAAGGCACCUUGCAUGGCGGCAGGGCCACCGUCAAGCUCUUCGGCGUGACGGAGAACGGCCACUCCGUCAUGCUGCACGUCACCGACUUUAAGCAUUACCUCUACGUCGCCGCCCCCGUCUCCUUCACCCAGAAGGACUGCGAACCGUUCAAGGCCUUUCUCGAGUCGCAGAUUGCCCAGCACCAGCCUGCCAUCUACUCGUGCACCCUGGCCCUGCGAGAGAAUAUCUAUGGGUUCCAGGGCAACACCAAGAGCCCCUACAUCAAGAUUACCGUCAACGACCCAAAGUUCAUCAACAGGGUCCGCACAACCAUAGAGAAGGGCGAUGCGAACUGGAAAGGUCUAUGGAAGGGAGCCGAGGGAGGCAUCCUGACAUUCGACAGUCUUCAAUAUGUCCUGCGCUUCAUGAUUCCCGGUAUGUCGUGGGUCGAAUGUCCGGCCAAGUCCUACAAGUUGAUGCCGGAGCACGAAAAGCAGUCAAGCUGCCAGAUCGAAGCCGAAAUCCCAUACACACACCUCAUCUCCCAUGAACCGAAGGGAGAGUGGUCCAAGAUGGCCCCUCUCCGUAUCCUCUCCUUCGAUAUUGAAUGUGCUGGACGCAAGGGUAUCUUCCCAGAAGCAAACAUGGAUCCGGUUAUCCAAAUCGCCAACGUUGUUACGCGCUACGGAGAAAAUAAGCCGUUCAUUCGGAACGUCUUCUGCUUGGAUACCACCAGUUCCAUAGUAGCAACGCAGAUCCUAGAGUUUGGCAAGGAACAAGAUAUGCUCAUGGAGUGGAAGAGAUUCCUGGACAAGGUGGACCCCGAUCUCAUCACCGGUUACAACAUUGCCAACUUCGAUUUCCCCUACCUCCUUGAUCGCGCGAAGCAUCUGAAGUGCAACGGAUUUGAAUACUGGACCAGACUUCCCAGCGUCAAGUCAGUUGCCAAGGAGACAAACUUCUCCAGCAAACAGAUGGGCAACCGCGACACGAAAGCAACCAACACCAACGGACGACUUCAGCUCGAUCUUUUGCAGCUGAUUCAGCGUGACCACCACCUCAGAAGUUACACCCUGAACUCGGUGUGUUCUCACUUUCUAGGAGAGCAAAAAGAAGAUGUCCACCAUACCAUGAUCACGGAACUCUUCAACGGUACACCAGAAUCGCGACGAAGACUGGCGUUGUACUGUCUCAAGGAUGCCUACCUGCCACAGCGUCUGAUGGACAAGCUCUCGUGUCUGGCAAAUUACACAGAAAUGGCGAGAGUCACGGGCGUUCCUUUCAACUUCUUGCUAUCCAGAGGCCAGCAAAUCAAGUUCAUGAGUCAGCUAUUCCGAAAGGCACUGGAGCAGAAGUUGGUCAUCCCCAACAUGAGGUCCGAGGGCUCUGACGACCAGUACGAGGGUGCCACAGUCAUUGAACCGACCCGUGGAUACUACGACGUUCCUAUCGCCACCCUCGAUUUUGCCUCUCUAUACCCUAGUAUCAUCCAAGCCCACAACCUCUGCUACACAACUCUCAUUAACCCGAAGGCGGUGGAGAAGUUUGGUUUGAAGAAGGAUGAGGAUUACAUCGUGACGCCCAACGGAGAUCUUUUCGUCACUGUCAAGCAGAGAAAGGGGUUACUCGCACAGAUUCUCGAAGAAUUGCUUACGGCAAGAAAACAGGCCAAGAGAGAAUUGGCAGUCGAGACGGACCCUUUCAGGAAAGCCGUCUUGAACGGUCGACAGCUUGCGUUGAAAGUCAGUGCCAACUCAGUCUACGGUCUGACCGGUGCGACGACUGGCAAGCUCCCAUGUCUUGAAAUUGCCAGCAGCACCACUAGUUACGGCCGUCAGAUGAUUGAGAAGACAAAAGACGAGGUGGAAAAGAAAUACUGCGUCGCCAAUGGCUACUCCCACGACGCUCAAGUCAUCUAUGGUGACACAGAUUCCGUCAUGGUCAAGUUCGGCACAGCGGAGUUGGCAGAGGCAAUGAAACUCGGAGAGGAGGCUGCUAACUACGUCUCGUCCAAGUUUAUUAAGCCCAUCAAGCUGGAAUUCGAGAAGGUCUACUUCCCAUAUCUCCUCAUCAACAAGAAGCGUUACGCGGGACUCUACUGGACAAGUACGGAAAAGUACGACAAGAUGGACACCAAGGGUAUUGAGACCGUUCGGCGAGACAACUGCCUGCUUGUGCAGACCGUCAUCGAGAAGGUCCUCAGGAUGAUCUUGAUCGACCGGGACGUGCCAGGCGCCCAAGAUUACGUGAAGGACACCAUUGCAGAUCUGCUGCAGAACAAGGUCGAUAUGUCCAAACUGGUGAUUACAAAAGCCCUUGCCAAGGAACAUUACGAUGGCAAGCAAGCACACGUGGAGUUGGCAGCACGAAUGAAGAAGCGUGAUGCAGGUUCAGCCCCAGGUCUAGGCGAUCGAGUGGCCUAUGUCAUGAUCAAGGGUGCUGCGGGAGCAAAGAACUUUGAAAAGUCCGAGGAUCCGAUCUAUGUGUUGGAGAACAACGUGCCCAUCGACACCCGUUACUACCUUGACAACCAGCUCGCCAAGCCUCUGGGGCGUAUCUUCGAACCCAUCUUGGGCGAGACCAAGGCGAACUCCCUACUGACCGGUGAUCACACGCGUUCCAUCUCUGUCGCCGCACCGACUGUAGGCGGCUUGAUGAAGUUUGCGAAAAAGACCAUGACCUGUAUGGGCUGCAAGAAGCCCUUGGUCGGCAAGGAGGAAAGUGCGGGCGCUGUCUGCUCAAACUGUGGACCGCGAGUAGGCGAGCUGUACAACAAAACACUAAACAAGGUAUCAGAUCUGGAGGUGCGUUUUGGUCGGCUCUGGACCCAGUGCCAACGAUGCCAAGGCAGUGUGCACUGUGAGGUCAUCUGCAGCAGCAAAGAUUGCCCAAUCUUCUACAUGCGCAUGAAGGCCAAGAAGGAUCUGGAGGAUGCGGGCAAGGAGUUGAAGCGGUUUGAUUUCGAUCAAGCUGCUCUCUGGUGA